AAAGAUGCACAUCUUUGCAUCACCAAUUGAGCAGCUCUCGUUUUGCAGUUCUAGCUAGCUAGCCACUGAUCUCUCAGCCAUGGCUUCCACUUCGGGUCUCCUCGCCACGGUGCUCGCCAUGGCCGUCUUGCUCGCCGGCAGCAGCCGCAGCUGCCAAGCGGCGCGCCACCUCGCCGACGCAACACCUCCUGCCGCCGUGCCGGUGCCUACCGUGCCCGCUGUCACAUUGCCACCGAUGCCGGCCAUUCCUGCCGUCCCGGCGGCGACACUGCCGCCGAUGCCGGCGGUGCCAAUCGUGCCGAACACCGCGUUGCCGCCCAUGCCGGCCGUGCCGAAGGUGGCACUUCCGCCAAUGCCCGCGGUGCCGGCUGUGCCUACCGUCCCCGCGGUGACCGUGCCGCCAAUGCCCGCGGUGCCCGCUGUGCCGGCGGCCACGUUGCCACCGAUGCCCGCGGUGCCUGCAGUGCCGGCGGCGAGCUUGCCGCCGAUGCCAGCCAUGCCCGCCGUGCCGAACGCCGCGUUGCCGCCCAUGCCGGCCGUGCCGAAGGUGACGCUGCCGCCGAUGCCGUCGAUGCCGGCCGUGCCCAAGGUGACGCUGCCGCCGAUGCCAUCCGUGCCAAUGCCGUUCUUGGCACCUCCUCCUUCGGCAUAAGGACGCUGUCGAUGCUUACACAUUUAUUGGGUCAUUUGAUUUGAUAUCAAGCUUUUGGUUAUAUAUUUCCUCUGCUUGAUUUGUUUUCUGUGAGUAAAUGUAUGUUGCAUGCGAGUUUUUUUUUUUUUGGAAUUUUUGUUCUAGCCGUGUUUGUAUAUGGAGUAUGCUUGGCUAUAAGUACUUGUAUGUGGCAUUUGUUUAUAAAAGUUUCAUUUUGGUUGGUUAAUUUUA